AUGUAAUUGUAACUCAUCCCACAUUGCAACGCGGUAGUCACGUGACAAAGAUCCUGAUAGUCAAGCUUGGAGUAUCCGGUAAUUUCGUAAUAACAGUGACAAAAAGAUAAUUUCAUCUGGUCUGGGUGUGGACCUUCCUUCUAAAAUGUCCUUCCCCCCACACCUCAACCGGCCACAGAUCGGCAUUUCCCCACUCCCUCCUGGCAUUCCACCACCACAAUUUGCUCGGUUCCCUCAAGCAGUGCCCGCUGGGACCCCAAUGAUACCAGUGCACAUGGGCAUCAUGACACAAACCCCUACAAUGCUGGUGCCCACCUCGGUGUCUGUGGUCAGUAAGCCUGCUAUCCACAAGAAGGACCUGUCCGUGGUGCGCCUGAAAGAGACUGAGGAGACGGGCGGCCCGACCACCACAGUGUUUGUGGGAACCAUCUCAGAGAAGGCCUCAGAUAUGCUCAUCAGACAGCUCCUAUCAAAAUGUGGUCUGGUCCUUAGCUGGAAAAGAGUGCAGGGAGCGUCUGGGAAACUUCAAGCCUUUGGCUUCUGUGAGUAUAAGGAGCCAGAGUCCACGCUCAGGGCCCUGCGGCUCCUGCACGACCUGCAGAUUGCAGAGAAGAAGCUGUUGGUGAAGGUGGACGCCAAGACCAAAGCUCAGCUGGACGAGUGGAAGGCCAAGAAGAAGAGCUCCAACGGGAUGUCCAAGACUGACGACACCGGAGAAGACGAAGAGGAGGAGCUGGAUGAGGAAACCAAGCGACGGGAUCAGGUGGUCAGGGGAGCCAUUGACGGCCUCAUGCGGGAGUACGCCAAAGAGCUCACUGCUCCAUCGCAAGACGAAGAGUCUCUUCGGCGCAAGAAAAAGAAAGAGAGGAAAGAAGAGGAGGACAUCAACACCAUUGACAUAGAGGAAGACAAGAGAGACCUGAUUUCCAGGGAGAUCAACAAAUUCCGCGACACACACAAGAAACUCGAGGAGGAGAAAGGCAAGCGGGAGAAGGAGCGUCAGGAGCUCGAGCGCGAUAGGAAGGAGAGGGAGAAGGAGAGAGAGCGUGAACGCGAGCGCUGGGAGCGGGAGCGAGAGAAGGAGAGAGAGCGCGAGCGCGAGAAGGAGAGAGAACGCGAGAAGGACCGGGAGAAAGAGAGGGAGCGCGACCGUGAUAGAGAGCGCGACCGGGAGCAUGAGAGAGAACGAGACUGGGACAAGGAGAGGAGCCGAGACCGGAGCCUCGAUCGCAGCAGGUCCAGAGAACAGAGCCGCGACCGGGAGAAGAAGCGAGACCGUGGGGAAGAUGAUGAAGAGGCGUACGAGCGCCGCAAGCUGGAGAGGAAGCUCAGGGAGAAGGAGGCUGCCUAUCAGGAGCGGCUGAAGAACUGGGAGAUUAGGGAGCGGAAGAAGGGCCGUGAUCACGCCAAGGAGGUGGAGAGGGACGAUGAGCGCCGACGGGAAAUGGCGAAAGAAGGCAAAAGGUUGAAGGAAUUCCUGGAGGACUAUGAUGAUGAAAGAGAUGACCCCAAGUACUACAGGGGCAGUGCUCUGCAGAAGCGUCUGCGUGACCGGGAGAAGGAGAGGGAAUUGGACGAACGAGACAGGAAGAGAGAGAAGGAGGAGCUGGAGGAGAUCAGACAGAGACUGCUGGCAGAGGGACAUCCAGACCCCGAAGCAGAACUGCGCAGGAUGGAGGAGGAGGCGGAGCGUCUGCGUCAGCCACCGCCCCCGCCCCCGCCCAAACUAGAGGUCGAGGAGCCACGGGAGCGUGAACGUGAGCGUGAACGGGACCGGGACCGGGACCGAGAACGGAACCGAGAACGGAACCAGGACUGGGAUCGAGAGCGUGACUGGGACAGGGAGCGACACGAACGCCAGGAACGUCACGAUCGCCACGACCGUCACAGAGGAAAUGGAGACGCCCCCGCACCCCCAUCCGACAAUGACAUCGAGGAAGGGGAGGAGCCAGACGACGAGGACGGAGAAGACAGGGGCGAGUCCAGGCCCUGCCUGAAGCCCACGCUCCGGCCAAUCACGGCGGCUCCGUCUGUGUCGUCGGCCAGUGCGGGGGCCACACCCAACACACCCGGGGACGAGUCGCCCUGCGGUAUCAUAAUCCCGCAUGAAAACUCGCCCCCUGAGGCCGCCCCUCAGGAGGAGCACCGGCCCAAGAUUGGUCUCAGCCUCAAAUUAGGCUCUACUGGCAGCCCCAGUCAGCCCAACGUGGUCAAGCGCAAGAAACUUCAGGACAGCGUCUUCAACCGCUUCGACGACGAUGAGGCCGACGAGGGCCCGAAGAAGAGGAAGCUGGUGCCACUCGACUACGACGACGACAAGAGCCAAGGGCUGGACGGCCUCGGGCUGGGUGGGGGCAAGGGAGCUGACAUGGAGGAGAAGCGCCAGCACAUCAAGAGCCUGAUCGAGAAGAUCCCCACGGGCAAGCCUGAGCUUUUCAACUACCCGCUCGACUGGUCCGCAGUAGACCCGUCUUUGAUGGAGAGACGCAUUCGGCCAUGGAUCAACAAAAAAAUCAUUGAGUACAUCGGCGAGGAAGAGGCUACGCUCGUGGACUUCGUGUGCUCCAAGGUGAUGGCAAACAGCACACCACAAGGCAUCCUGGAUGAUGUUGCCAUGGUGCUGGAUGAAGAGGCCGAGGUGUUCGUCGUGAAAAUGUGGCGGUUAUUAAUCUACGAGACCGAAGCCAAGAAGAUCGGACUGGUGAAAUAGACAGAUCAGUUUCAGCUCCUUGACUUCUGUCGGAUCCCAAGCCACCCGUUUUAACGUCAUCAAAACAGAAAAAUGUGAACUGUUCAUCCUGAAAGGGAAGCCCAUGUUACCAAAGGCGGUGUGUCGUCUUUGGGUCUGUCUUAUAAGGCCACUGCUAGGCAAACUCACCUGCUGCCCAUCUGAUCCAUCCCAAAAUCUAUUUCCACAGAGGACCACAGUUUCUAUGUGCGUUUAUUAAAGCUGUAUUCAUGGCGUUUGUCAGGAGUAAGUGAACCUAUGGACAGUUGUUCCACAUCCAGUUGUAGCUGCUCAUUUGUUUGUUUUUUUAGCACUGAAACCCAGGUGGUACAUUUUACUAAGUCCUCCGCGUUUGAUUUGGCGUUAUAAUUUACUCAGCAUCUCUUAGUUUUCACUCUUCGAAGUAUAUCAAUUUUCUGUGUUGAGCUUUAGAUGCUGUACAUGUAUACAAAACAAAACUACUGUUCUUAGCCAUAACCGUUUCAUUUUGCUGCGAUAAGCAAACGUUGAAGCUAAAUGCUUUUUCAUACCAUAAUGGAAACGGGUUUGUCUGCAAGUCAGGUCUGGUAUCUGUAGCUGUUUUUCAAACGGAUUUAAUUUUGACUGCUUUGUGAAUCUUUGUAAUGGUACCUCUUCAUAGUAGUUGAACUAUCGGUUCCCAUCAUUGAUCAGGUCAUGUCCCUGUUGCAUACAAGCGCUACCUAAAGGCCAGCUUACAGUCUUUGAAGUCAUACUGAAACGAUCUUGAUUUGCGAAAGCAUAUGAACAUUGUUGUCCUUUUUUUGUUUUUGUACCUACUAAUGGAAAAUGUUUUGAAUAAAGAAAUUUUUUAGAA